UUCGUACUCCGUGGCCGCGUGAGCGGCUGCGUCGCCGCCUGCCGCCGCUGCAUGCGAAAGACACGAAAGCGCAAAGUUCUCGCGUGCGCCUUGGUUUCUUCGUUUUGUUUUUUUUUCCUGGUUCUUCGGAGAGGAAAUGUUGCCACUUCCCGAAGUGGUCGUGCGGCGUUGCCGUGUCGCCGAGUGUCCAUGAUUGAAGAGUGAAACAGCCAAAACAGCGACGUCGGCGGUGCGUUGACCGCCUCGCCGAUGUUAGCGGCGGAGGGAUUCGUGGCGUCGUAGCGCAGGAAGCGACGGGGCUCCGUGGACUGGUCAAGCACCAUGCCGGCCGGCAAGAGCAUCAUGAAGAGGAUCUUCACGUAUGCACUGAUACUCGGUCUGCUGGCGAUAUGCGUGGCGUCCAUGCGCGGCGCACUGAUGCCCAAGACGCUACCGGGCUUCCGCUGCGACGACCCGCACAUCCGGCACCCGUUCCGGGGCGACACCGUCACGCUGACGCAGAUCCUGACGCUGGUCAUCGUGCUGCCAGGUCCUCUGCUGUUCCUGGUGGAGCGGUGGGCCGACGGCCCCGUGAGCUGGCCGCUGGUCCGGUCCGCGCUGCGACACUACGUGCUCGGCCUGGAGCUGGUCUCCGUGGCCAUCGAGGUGGUCAAGUCGCUGGUCACCAAGCCCCGCCCACACUUUCUCGACUCGUGCCGACCUGACUGGGACAAGCUCGACUGCUCGCAGGGUCUGGUGACGCAGUACCAGUGUGCCAAUGAUGAAGAUUGGAUCCUGGUCGACAUGUACAAGUCAUUCCCGUCCGGGCACUCGGCGCUCGGCUUCUACCUCUUCACCUUCGUCGCGGCGUACUGCGCCGUGCGGCUACCGUCGCUGACGUCACGGUGGUCGCGCGGCGGCUGCCGCCUGCUACAGCUGUGCCUCUUCGUGCUGGCCUGCGCAUGCGCCGCGUCGCGCAUCUACGACCGGAGGCACCACCCCGUGGACGUCGUCACCGGGGGACUGCUCGGCGUGCUCGGAGGACUGGCCACGGUGCGGUGGUUCGUCUCCAGCAGUCGACAUCGCAUCGAAUCUAAAGCCCAAUGAAAAAGAGCGAGAGAGAUCGCGCGUUACUCCGCGUCACCGUUAUAGCGUAGUAGUGAUAUUAUACACAUCUAUUUAAUUACCCCCUUGUUCGACAUUCCAACGCUGUGCGUCGAAGACGUGGGCAAUGUUACUACACGGCUUCUUGUUCUCCUACUCCCCAGAGUUCGUUAAUGGUAUGCCAGUUGCGUGUGUUGGCUUCUUUAGCCGUACCUCACCUGCCACUAUUUUCUGGGGCGUUAACAGAGGUGCGCGCCACCUGGGAGACGACAACGACUAAGCAUAAUGCGCCGUGGCAUCAUAAAGUAUUUGCUCACUUUUGAUUCACUUCUUCUGUUCACAGGUGGCGCGACACUUCGUAGACUCUUUGAAAUUUUGGACACUUGCGCGUGCAGCAGUAUUUUGGAACGUGGGACCCCUAACGCAAUGAUUCGCGACUUUCGCAAUACGAGAACUGUGCUGUCGUUUUCGUGUUUCUUUUUUAUCUUUGUUAUAGUAUUAUUCUACGGCUU